AUGGAUCGAUUACGGAAAAAGAUCAGCAACAAGUACAAAGGCCGCAGUCAAGAUGGACAGAUCAGCAGCUCGACACAAGCAGUGCCCUAUGCUCCGAAGGUCGAAACUGCUUAUACUGGCCAAGGACUAGAGCUCAAUGGAAACAUAGUACCUUUAGAUACUGUCGCUGGCGCGCAGAAGCCGGCAUCUGUUCAGAUCGAUGUUGUCCCACAUGGAGAAACUAGCCUUCAACACAAUGGUAGUAGUAGUAUUUCCCAGGAAUUAGUUGGGAGGGGGCGCCUUCAGAGUAGCGACCAGGCUAUCUCAACGACUCCUACUGAUCCGGAACGACGUCGCAGCAGUAAUCUAAGCCCUCCACCAAGCUCAAUAGGAUCUGGACAUCGCUCAGGUAGCUUCCAAAGUACUACUUCAAAUUUUGUUGCUGUAUCGAAUGGAUCCCAUACCAGGUCUAACUCCGAACAAAGACGCAUGAAUCCCUUAGGGCUUACCGUCAUCUAUGAACCCGAGCACGGUCAUUCUUUAGAUAUUGUCCUUGUCCAUGGCUUGGGUGGGUCGAGUCACUCUACCUGGUCCAAGGAUCAUGACCCGAACUACUUUUGGCCCCAUCUCUGGCUUCCAAACGACAUUGGCUCAGCACGGAUACUAUCGUUCGGAUAUGACGCAGACUGGAAGUCGACUUCGUCACGCACAGUACUCAACAUCACAGAUUUUGCGAAAGAGCUGUUGUUCGCUAUGAGAUUCACCAAAGACGAGAAUAGAGACCUGGAAGAUUUGGGUAUUGGAGAUGUCCCAAUCAUCUUCAUUGUUCACUCUAUGGGAGGUCUUGUAGUCAAAAAAGCCUACAUCUUAGGCCAGAGCGACGACGAAUACUCCGAAAUGCUCAAGUCCGUCAACGCCAUCAUGUUCUUGUCUACACCGCACCGCGGCUCAAACCUGGCCGAAAUACUCAAUCGUAUACUCUCAGCCUCGCUUUUGAGGUACUCUCCCAAACAGUACGUCGCAGACUUGCAGAAAAACUCACCGGCAUUAGAGGACAUCAAUGAGCAAUUUCGUAAGUUCGCUCCGAAACUUCAGAUUGUCUCUUUCUAUGAGACGCUCGAAACUGCUGUCGGCCCCAAAAAGGUCAGGAUCUUGGAGAAGGAGUCUGCUAUCCUAGGAUAUCCUGGAGAAAUAUCAAGAGCUAUGAACGCAGAUCACCACGAUGUAUGCAAGUACUAUAGUCCUCGUGACACCAACUACAUUAGCAUGCGAGAUGUCCUGAAGACUUUGGUAGAUCGUGUGCGGACGAUGGGAAUCAGCUUCAGGAGGUCUUCCUCCGCUUCUUCCUCCGCUUCAGAAGCCCUAGAGGCCCUCCUCUCCAUUCAAGAUCCACCUAGCGACGAUUACAGCUUCUUUCAUGAUCAAUGGAUGCCAGGUACUUGUGAAUGGAUACUGCAGGAGAAAACGUUCCAAAACUGGAUGGAAGAUACCACCCAAAGCUCGAUACUAUGGUUGCAUGCGCUUCCGGCUAGUGGUAAAUCUGUGCUCUCAUCUUUUAUCAUCGAUGAAAUCCAGGCACAGAAUCAUACGUGUCAAUAUUACUUCUUCCGAUUCAGCGAGCAAGCCAAGCGAACGGUCAAUGGUUGCCUCCGAUCUAUGGCCUUCCAACUAUCUCAGGAGAUACCCCAAUAUCGGAGGCGAUUGAGAGACUUGUCGGAAGAAGGGCUGCGUUUAGAGAAGACUGAUGCUAGAACUGUCUGGAACCGACUAUUUUCCAAUGCACUUCCAACAUUACGGCAAGCCGACCCUUUGUACUGGGUUAUAGAUGGUUUGGACGAAGCCGAUUUACCCCAGUUGUUGUUGAGUCUACUUAAAGGCUUGCAAAGAUCAGCGAUACCGAUAAAAUUAUUGGUAAUGAGCCGCGACACUCCAGAACUUCGUUCUGAGUUUGACAACUUGGGAAACUCAGUGCCUGUGGACAUUCUUCCCAUAACAUCCAAAUCUCAGCGUGAUGUUCAAGCUUACGUCGAGAGCCGUAUGAAUACACCGAGAUGGAAUGAGGAUUUCAAGAUAGAAGUGACGGGCAGGAUCUUGGAACGCGCAGAAGGCAAUUUUCUCUGGGUGCACCUUGCCAUCAAAGAGGUUCUCAAACGUCACACUAGCGAUGAUAUCAGACAAGCACUAGAAAACAUGCCUCCUGGCAUGGAAGCUAUGUACCAUCGCAUGGCUAUUGACAUAGCUAAAGACAUGGGUCCCACAGACAAGCAACUUGCGCAGCGCAUACUGACAUGGGCGAUGUUUGCUCGCCGAGCUCUCACUCUAAAGGAAUUGGAAGAAGCGCUCCGGCCUUCUUUCAACAGGAUCCUCGAUCUACGUAGCACCAUCGCUGCAACUUGUGGCUUCUUCGUUGUCGUGGACAUGAGCGAGAACGUCACCAUGAUACAUCAGACUGCGCGUGACUAUCUUACGCAUGCAUCUGAGUUGGAUUUAUUUAUCGAUGCUGAUGAGACUCACGUUGAGUCUUUCCGUCAAUGUAUGGCCUGUCUGAUGGACGCUGGAAUCCGCAGCAAACUCAAUCAGACUAAUGCAGAGCUCAAACGCGACUUCGUUCACUACGCGGCAACAUCUUGGUCCUACCAUCUGGGUCUUUCGAAGCGUAUCAGCUCCGCAGCCUUGUUAACUCUGGUACAGUUCUUGCGCAGAUCUCAUGUGCUUACUUGGAUCCGCAUCCUUGCAUCUUUGCGACAACUCAAAGUCCUCGUAUACGCUUCGCGCACUUUGACGGAGCUCAUUAGCAGCAAAAGAACUUCAAGAUUCGAGAUUACUCUUGACGAAGACCAGAGGGAUCUCUUACGCCUUUGGGCUAUAGACUUCGUGAAGGUUGUGGGAAAGUUUGGUUCUACUCUCUUGUAUGACCCCGCAUCCAUCCAUAAUUUCAUCCCGGAGUUUUGUCCCCAGAGCUCCAUGGUCCACUGUCAGUUCGCAAAACAGAAGACAUUUCGCUCCAUAUCAGUCUCCGGUAUCACCAACAAGAAAUGGGAUGAUUCGGUUGCGCAUAUGUCGGUCAGAAGACACCGGCUGUCAAAGUUGAUAUGCUCUCGUGGUCAUGUCGCUGCAGUCGCCACGGACCAUCAAUCACAUGGCUUGACGCUGAUCUGGAGUUCUGUCAACUUCGAGAAGAAGCUUUCACUUAUUCAAGGAGAGUACAUCACAGCAUCCUGUUUUGAUUCCACUGGGACAAGGUACCUUUCGUGUGGAGUCUCGCGUAUGAAGAUCUGGGAAAUUCCAUCUGGCCGUCUUAUCUUGUCAGUUAAUAGUCCUAAUGAUACCACAGUCUUAGGUGUCACGUUCAGCAAAGACAGGACCAGAAUACUGGCGGCAUGCGAGAACAAGACCGUCCAAAUGCUGGCGCUGGAUGCUCAACAACCAGAAUGGCAGCUAUUGAGUUCCUUGCAAGAAUCAGAUGUUGCUAGUCUAGGUAACGCCAAUUCACCUUGCGCUAUGGUCUUCAAUCCCGAUGGUACGCAGAUCGCUGUUGCAUAUCGUGGAUUUCCACUAUCAGUUUGGUCCAUUGAAGAACGCCGGAUGAUCGGAAGAAAUUCUCGCUAUGUGGAAGGCCGAGGCUUCAAUGGGAUAAUUUGGCCAGGAGUCGACACCGUAUCUUGGAACGCACGCUAUGGCAGUAUCCUGGGGAAGUACAGCGACGGAUGUGUAUUCAAAUGGGAUCCAUACGAACAGACAAACGAUGAACUACGCACGGCUGCUAGCUUGGUCCGAUGUAGUCCUGAUGGCUUGUCAUUCGCGACAUGCGACAACAGCGGGGUCGUUCGCCUUUUCAACUUCCAGAACUUUGCUAUGCUAUAUCAAUUGAGGUGUGAUGCGCCUCCAAGAGCGCUCACAUUCAGCCCUGACUCCCGUCGCUUUUACGAGAUACGCGAUACCGUAUGCACUGCCUGGGAGCCAGCUGCACUCGCUGACUUGCAGGAGACGGGGGACCAAUCCGAGGAUCAAUGGGAAACACAGAGUGACAUCUCGACUCUGAACGAAUCUAUCCAAGUUGUUGAAGAAGAGGACAGAAUCACAGCUCUGGCUGUGGCUUCGCACAGCACAUUCUUCUGUGCCGGUAAUGAGGUUGGAGAGGUCGAUCUGUUCAAUGCGGAAGGCAUGAAGAUAUUCAACAUGUGGAAUUCUCCACGUUAUAUGAUGAUAGACUUGUUGGUAUGGGACAACAGUGGUAAACGUCUUGCCAUUGCAGAGUUGGGUGGAGACGUUAGCGUGAAGCAGGUCUCUCCACCUUCUACUGGCAGCGAUGUGAAGUGGAAUGUCCAGCCAAUUCUCAAUCUCAACAUAUCGUCAGAACUGGGUACUGUUCAACAACUGCUAUUCAGCCAUGAUGGAAAAUUUCUUCUCCUGGUCAGGCAAAACGCUGUACAGGUGUGGUCACUAGAGGACAAAAUAUUGAUCAGUCAAUACCAGGGAAACAGCGAAACAGGUCAGCAUUGGAUUAAUGAUCCGACCGAUCCGCAAUCACUGCUUGCCUUCGAUUACGGAGGCAUAAGUCGUUUCUCAUGGGCUAGCUUGGAGGCAGCGAAAUCCAUACGUUACGACGACAUAAACAACAGCAUCGAUAAAACGGCUCGCAUACCAUCAGGAUCGAACCAUCCAGUGGACCGAAACCAAAGAGCAGCCAGAGCUUCUCCAGAUUUGAACUACCAGACUGUGAAUGCAUAUCUAGCUCAAGACCAAUCUCACGUCGUUGUGGAAAGAACAACGAAGUCAGCACCCCAAUCUCACAUCAUACUGAGAGUUUCUGAACUUGACUCAAUCCUUCGUCUAAAAAGUACCGACGCAACAGUCUCAUCGUUUCCAGACACAGCAGUCCGUCUUAUCCCAGAAGAAGUCACAAAACUAGUCGAAGUCUCGCUCGGCGUGCUGGCGAAAGACAGGUUCAUCUUUCUUGACCAAGACUUCUGGAUCUGCACCUGGAAGAUCGGAUCCAUAUAUGCAAAAGACGAGCCUGCAACUGCAGGUAGCACGGCGGCCUCGAAGCACAUGAACAAUGUGGAGAAUGCGGGCAUUGUGAAGAAACAUUUCAUGUUGCCACGUCAUUGGCUCAAUGAGGAAUCCUUGCCAUUGCUACGACUUGUAGAGUCUGGUAAACUGUUUUGUCCCAAAGGCGAUGAGGUAGCUGUGAUAGGUACUCGAUUGGCAUUUGCGUGGUGA